GAAAAAUUUGAAUCCCUUUUCCGAGCGUAUGAUGAUUGCGUCACCUUACAACUAUUCAAGAGUUUCAGACGGGUCCGGAUAAACUUCAGUAACCCCAAGGCAGCAGCACAAGCUAGGAUAGAGCUCCAUGAAACACAGUUCAGAGGGAAGAAACUAAAGCUAUAUUUUGCACAGGUGCAAACAGCAGAGACAGAUGGAGACAAACUACACCUGGCCCCACCCCAGCCAUCUAAACAGUUCCUCAUCUCACCUCCUGUGUCACCUCCAGUUGGCUGGCAGCCCAUAGAUGACGCCACACCAGUAAUCAAUUAUGACCUUCUUUAUGCAGUGGCCAAGCUUGGCCCAGGUAAGGAUCCUUUCAUGUCUCAGAGGACAGAACUAACUAAAUGUUCAUGUUUUUCAUCUAUGUGA